AUGCUGAAAGGUGCAGAUGAUGUUGUUAUGGAGCAGGAGGACUCUGCUUCCCAACAUGGAGAAAUUACAAGUUGGGAUAUCAAUGACAUCAAACUUCCCCAGGAUGUAAGACAAAUAGACUGGUUUCAAGAAUGGCCAGAUUCCUACAUAAAACGUAUCUAUAGCUCAGAGGAUAAAAAUGCUCAGAAGCAUCACAGCAGCUGGGCAAUGAGAAACACCAACAACCACAACUCUCGCAUCUUAAAAAAGUCCUGCCUUGGGGUGGUAGUCUGCGGCAAUGACUGCUCGACUUUGGAUGGGAGAAAGAUCUACCUAAGACCAGCCAUAUGUGAUAAAGCUAGGCAAAAACAACAGCGAAAAUGCUGCCCAAACUGCAAUGGACCCCUGCAGCUCCUUUCCUGCCGAGGCCAUGGUGGUUACCCAGUUACCAACUUCUGGAGGCAUGAAGGCCAAUUCAUAUUUUUUCAGUCCAAAGGAGCUCAUGACCAUCCACGUCCAGAAACAAAAAUAGAAGCAGAAGCAAGAAGAUCAGUCCAAAAAGCACAGACAGCUUUUUCUCCAUCUUAUCCAAGAUUAAAAAGAAUCCAGGAGACUGAGUCUCUGACAGGUGCAAUGCCGACGCAGAAGGCUUUGCCUUUGGUCCUUUCCAAGCCAGACGCUUACAUGCUACCCGCUAAUUUCAGGGGAUAUUUAAGCAAAAGCUCCCGGGAGCCCAUGCUGGACAGCUGCUGCGGGCGGCCGCCAUACCCAGGGGCAGCUGGGGAGGACGGGGGCUCCGGAGAGGCGUCGACCUGGAGCAGGAGCCCAGCCCUUGGGAGGACCCCCAGCGCCGGGAGGCCUGGCCGUGGCCCUGCCAUCCCGCUCUGUGCAGCCCCUUCCCCCCAGCACUGCGCCCACCCCGGCACCCAGCACGUCCUGCCCGUGACAAAGAGUAGCCAUCACCCCUUCAGGCCUAGUGCUGGCCCUUUGGGGGAUGAAUCCUGUGAGGAGAACCCCCCGCUGGCCCACAGCAGCAGCGGCCUCCCUCUGCCGCCCUACCCCGCGCCUGAGGGAAGCCCCUGCCCCAGGGCCAGCGGGGCACCACACCACCGCCCCUUCUGGGCACCUGCAAGGGGAAGUGGAGGAGAAGGGGGCGAGGGAGGGUGCUGUAUGGGUCUCAGCCACUGCAACGAUGACACGGCUUUUAACCUGUACCCAUUAUGGUGACCAGGUUUAAAUGUCUGCUCUCCCCUCUCCUCUGGCAACGGACACAAUUCUCCAUCCCUGUUGCAGCGUGGAUGUGAAACUGCUACCCAGCCGAUCCCCUCUUUAGCUCCUCUUGCAGGCCUCAGGAGAGGCUUUCAUACUUGAAGACAUGUCUUUGUUUAUUUUUAACUGUUACAUUUUCCCCCGCUACUUCAUUGACCUAAUAAAAGGUAUCAGCUCUUCUUACAGACUACCUCGCUGCCAUUCUGGUUUGGUAGCAUUUCAAUCCCCCUUGAUACUCAGUUUGUUCAAGCCUGUGAGACUGUGGAAAGUGCAGGUGGAUGACCUCAAGGACAGCAGCUGUUGUGUGCUAUCCUCUGCACUCUUCCAGCUUCU